UUCAGUGUCGCCGGUCUUGUUAGUAUGUUAUGUUUGUAUUUAAAAUAAAAUGAAUUUAAGUAUGUACUCGGAUAUAGUGAUUCGAAACCCACGAUUAUGUAUAAGUAUCGUGUCGCACGAAGCAAAAUGGUCGCCAUCUACAUGCGAAUGCUGGGUUACACAGUGACUUUGGCAAUGCAUGUUAUCAACACGUAUGUGAUGACCAGCUUUCUUCAGGGUCCAGUCAUGGAAGACCCUAACAUUAGGACCUUCACUGCGAUGUAUAAAAGAUUCUUCACUGUCUGGACUACGUUCCUCCAAAUCUUCGUGGCGUCGCUGGGUCUGACGUCCGACUACCUCACGCUAAAGUACUCCAACAAGGAGGAACCUCAUUGGCUGACGGUUAUGAGGAGUAUGAAGAAUCGCCUCUUCGCUGCUGUACUCUGGCCUACGGUUUUUCUCACCUCCACCCUAUUCUGGACCCUAUACCACUAUGACCGCAGCCUGAUCUACCCGACCUUCGCUGACAAGAUCCUCAGUAGCGGCACCAACCACGUCCUACACACGGCUGUCAUCCCGCUGGUAGUGUGGGAGGUUGUCUUCCAACCUAGGAGCGUGCCGACCAAUCAUACGAUCAACGUUUCGAUGCUGUCGGUGUAUAUGUUGACCUAUUUAUGUGUAAUGUACUACACCUACGUGGAAAAAGGCAUCUGGAUGUAUUCUAUAUUCGGCAUCGCGUACGACACUAAUAUCUGCUUCCCCCUCAUUAUAGCCUUCAUUGGAGUUAUGUUAUACGUAUAUUAUCACAUGCAGUGGUUCUUAACACAGAUAGUUUGGGAGCCGCAGGCUAAAAUUAAAAUUUAACCAUGUUACAACAGGCAAGUGACAGUCUCAACACAACAUGUUAAUGCAAUGUUAAAACGGGGUAACUUUGAACAUGAGGUUGGCAAAGUUGAGCGUUAAAAUGGGGUUACUUCGAGUAAUGGGACGCUU